AUGCCUCGGUUACAGCCCACAAAGACUGUACUCAUAGCUUUUGGUGGAGCCCGCAUACGUGCAGAUGGUGUGGUGUCUCUUGAGUGUGAAGCACGGAAGCACAAGGCUGUGUUUGACUUUCUUGUAUCAGGCCAUGCAGAUAAACCAAUCCUAAGUGGACAAGCUUGUGAAGAGCUGCAUCUGGUGAAACGAGUUGAGACCCUUCCCAUAACAUCCACUAAAACGAAACUAGCCAAACCACCUUCUACCAGAGAAGAGCUUGUGGAGAUGUAUGCUGAUGUGUUCACAGGCUUAGGUGAGUUCCCUGGAGUUCACCACAUACACACUGACCCAAACGUAACACCUGUGAUUCAUGCAUGCAGGAACGUGCCUCUCUCCAUAAUGGACCCGCUGAAGAAGACGCUACAGGACUUACAAAACAGAGAUGUCAUAACACCUGUCAAUGAGCCUACAGAUUGGGUCAACAGUCUUGUCGCCACACAGAAGAAGAACGGAACACUAAGGGUGUGUUUGGACCCUUGUGAUCUGAACCAAGCAGUUAAACGCCAGCACUACUCCAUUCCCACACACGAGGACGUUCGCAGCAAGCUAGCAGGAAAAUCCAUCUUCACCAUAUUGGAUGAAAAAGAUGGAUACUGGCAGAUCAAGCUGGACGAGCCGUCAUCAAAGCUCUGUACCUUCAAUACACCUUGGGGCCGAUAUCGCUUCCUCCGACUCCCAUUCGGGAUCAAAUCAGCCAGCGAGGUCUUUCAACAAAAGAAUUGUGAGACUUUCGGCAACAUUCCUGGUGUAUUUAUCAUUGCAGAUGAUAUGAUAAUUGCAGCUACAUCAGAGCACGAACACGAUGAAAUCCUGCAGAAGGUCAUGGAGAAAGCAAGAGCAGCUAACGUGAAGUUUAACAAGGACAAAAUUCAGUUCAAAGUUGACACAGUGAAAUACAUGGGCCAUAUCAUCACAGCAGCAGGGCAGAAAGCAGAUGUUUCAAAGAUCAAAGCUAUUGUCGACAUGCCGACUCCAGAAGACAAACAAAGCCUUCAGCGUCUGCUGGGAAUGACGAAGUUUUUGGCACAGUACAUCCAAAAUGAAGCAUCGCUCACAGCACCUUUGAGACAGCUACUCAAGAAGGACACAGUGUGGCAGUGGCAGCCACAUCACACAGUAGCGUUACAGACGCUCAAGUCGACGCUCACACAAGCGCCAGUGUUGAGAUUUUAUGACCACAAGAAACCACUAACACUGCAGGCCGAUUCUUCAAAAGAUGGGCUGGGCGCAUGCCUAUUACAAGAAGGGCAACCUGUGUGUUACGCGUCACGAGCACUCACAGACACAGAAAAAAGGUAUGCACAAAUAGAAAAAGAGUUGCUAGCCAUUGUGUUUGCCGCUAAACGAUUCCACCAGUAUGUCUAUGGAAGACCAGUGACAGUGCAAUCUGAUCAUAAACCCCUGGAGGCGAUAGUGCGCAAACCGCUAAGCAAGGCACCAGCAAGGCUACAAGGAAUGCUGCUGCAACUACAGAGAUAUGAUCUCACCAUCACGUACACCCCCGGCAAAGACAUGUUCAUAGCCGACGCACUCUCACGUGCCACAACUACCAGUGACGACGGAAACGUGAGUGAAAACGCAAAUGAUGAAAGAGUUGUGUAUGCUCUGGAGGCCACAGCAGCAUUGAGCGAGAAAACACUGUGUGACCUGAAAAAAGCAGUGGCAGCAGACAGCGUACUACAAGCCGUGCGCGAAAGACACUUCAACGGAUGGCCGCCCAGAAGGAAGAGUUUAGACAAAACACUCCACAGCUACUGGCCUAUGAGACACGAUAUCAGUUUCCACGAUGACAUUAUUAUGAUCGGGGACAAGAUCGUAAUACCCCAAAGCUUCAGGCGUGUGAUCCUGGAGAAGCUGCACCUUGCCCACCAAGGCGUGCAGCGCACAAAAGCCAAAGCAAGAAGAGUGCUGUACUGGCCUGGCAUGUCACGCGACAUAGAGACUAUGCUUGAAAAGUGUGAACAAUGCCAGCAAAUGCAGCCAAAGAACCAGGCUGAGCCGCUUAUUCCACAUCAGAUUCCAGAGCUGCCAUGGAUGAAAAUCGGAGCAGACAUCUUCGAACUGAACGGUCAGCCAUAUCUUUUGUUAGUUGACUAUUUAUCAAAAUAUCCAGAAGUUCUUAACUUACCUGACAAAACGGCACACUCUGUGAUUCAGAAGAUGAAAUCAGUCUUCGCAAGACACGGAAUUCCCAAAGAGAUAGUGAGCGAUCAUGUUCCAUUCGCCAGCCACGAGAUGAGAUCGUUUGCAGCAUCCUGGGAGAUAAAGCUAACUUUCUCCAGUCCCGGCUUUCCUUCUUCGAAUGGCAUGGCGGAGCGAGCCAUAAAGACUGUCAAACAUGCACUUAAGAAAGCCGCACGGACUGGAACAGACCCACAUCUAGUGCUGUUGUCUUUGAGGAACACUCCAGUCACAGGACUUAGUGUGUCACCUGCACAAAUGUUGAUGGGACGGGUUCUCCGCAGCACCCUGCCAUGCACCAGUGCUGUGUUGAGGCAGUCAACCCCACAGAACAUUCACGACAAAGUGCGCAGGUUGCAAUCAAAGCGGAAACGCCACUAUGAUCAGCACGCAAGACCAUUGCCUGUUCUGACCCCAGGCGAGACUGUGCACAUGCAAACAAGGCGCGGUUGGGAGCCAGCUGUUGUAACUCAUCGGCGAGAGGAACCACGCUCCUACACUGUGCAAACACCAGAUAGUAAAGUGCUCAGGAGGAACAGGAGACAUCUGAGGAAAAUACACCCAAGUCUGUUCAAGGACACACCCAUGGACCCAGAUGAACUGUCCGUUCACACCCAAGAGCCAGUGGAGCCACCAGCAAAUGACACCCCACAAAACUCUAGUCCUGCAAGUAUGGACAACACACCCACAUGUUACACACGCAGUGGCCGAGCAAUAAUACGCCCUGCCAGGUAUAGAGACUAAGUGAUUGGGAAACUUAAAGUCACUCUGUCCUGUACCUGAGUUGUUCUGUACAAGCUAGAUAACUGUCUUGUUGGAAAAGAGAGAAAAUAUGUCAUGUUUCAUAUAUUCAUUUUGACAUGUCUUAUCGAAUCUGUCAUGUGUUCAUCUGUUUCAA